AUGGAGUCUACGUCGGUUGGGAUGUCUUACGACCCCUCGAACACACAAGACAACCAACCCUCCCGCAACAAAGUUCUUGUGUCAGUAAUCAGAAAUGACAAAGAGGUGUCAAAAAGAGUUAUCAAUGUGACUGGGACAGCUGAUCUCAUAGAACAAACCCUAUCCCAACAAAGAGACAGUGCAUUCCACCGGCUGUUAAAAUACAAUGCAGAAUUCAACGAUUACAUUGAUGAUGAUGGUGAUGAUGAGGCCAUGAAGCACCUGGAUAGAUACCAAAUCAUCUUGAAGGAGGCUGACCAAAAUGAGGCUGAACCAUUGAAUGCAGGUGAUGAUCGCCGAAGUGGGCCAUUGGAGAACGGGUCUCAAGGACAACCUGAUAGUGCGCCCAGGUUUGAUGCAACUGGUUUGUUGGCACUUAUCAACAGCAAAGCCCCAGCUGUACUUGCUGAAUAUGAAGCAUCUGGAACACUCUCUCUGACAUCCCGAAAACGCCUUGUAAGAAUAGGUGUCAGCAAUCUCGUUGAGCAACGGGGAUUCUACCCAUCCAGUGCUGACAAGGUGAUGCUGGCCAAAAGCAUGAUUGCAGUCUUCCCAUCACUCAUGAUCAAGAUACAAGAGAACGAAGGAUUUGAGCACUUCUAUGAUCCAGUGUCACACUGUGGGUUCAUUGAGAUGAAACUGCGGAACCUGCGGAGAAGCCUUCAGGAUGACCAGAGACGCUAUCGUAAACGUAGACGGUCCAGUGAUGGCUUUGCGGGAGAAGUUCCAUAA